UUAUUAUUUAUUAUAAUAUUAUCGAUAACAAAAAUCAAAAUACAAUUAUUAGUGCAUUAUUCAUGAACGAGUACUGACGUGGUGUCGUGGUCUGUUAAUCAAUCUAUUUUAACUAUUAAUUAAUAUUAUACAUUUAUACUACGCGUGUAUAUUCAAAACAUUAUGGCUCCAAGAAGAAAUAGGCUUAGUGGGGCUGAAUACAAGAAAAUAGCUAAGCUCAAAGAAUUUAAUUUGAAUAAAGUUGUUCAAAAAACUAUUAAAAUCGACACGAUGUUCAAAAAGUCAGGUAUGGUUAAUAAAUCUACUGAACAACGUCAAGCUGGCCUUACAACUCUUUGUAAUAAUUUGGAUACAGAACCUCCAUGCGUGUCAGAGCAUAUAAAUAUUUUAUUAGAACCAAAUUCUACUGAUAUACCUGGAUUGGAUCCAGCAUUGUGGAGUAUAAAUGAACAAACGAGGCAAUAUAUCUGUAAAAAUGGAUUUAGCCAAAAUCUAGAUGUUAAAUUUACAGCUUCAAAAAGAUUGUACAGAGUUGUAAAGAAACGGCAUUUCCGUAACUAUUUUAGAUAUCUGAAUAUAGAUUUUUUCAAAACUGUUUUAAUCAAUGGUGAAACAUGUCAAAGAAAUUAUUUAUCUUAUUCUGAGAGUACUGGGUCAAUUUAUUGUGUUCCAUGUCUCUUAUUUGAGAAUAAAACUAAUUUUUCAAAAAAAGGAUUUUCAGAUUGGAAACACCCUAAAAAAAUUUCUUACCAUGAAAAUUCACCUGAACACAAACUAUGUUCUUAUAAAAUGAAAGAACUUGCAUCAGAUUUAAGUAAAAUAAAUUCAAAACUAAUACAUCAAAUAGAAACCGAAAAAAAAUAUUGGAUAAGUGUACUAACCAGGGUUUGUUCGGUUAUUAAAAGUUUGGCAAGUCAUGGAUUAUCAUUUAGAGGUGAUGUAGAAAAAUUUGGAUCAUCUACUUCAAAUACUGGAAAUUUUAUUAUGAUGAUGGAAUUACUUGCAGAGUACGACCAGUUCUAUCAGAACACAUAUCUAAGUAUGGUAACCCUGGCAAAGGUAUGUGCUAUCAAACGGUGAGCCAAUUGAAAGAUUUAUUGGUUUUUUAGAAAAUGUUGGACAUAAAUCAGAAAAUCUAGCAGAAUCAGUUUUAUCAGUUUUAAAAAAAUAUAAUUUAGAUGUUUGUUAUUUGAGAGGUCAAUCUUAUGACAAUGCUAAAAAUAUGUCUGGUAUUUAUUCAGGAGUUCAAGCAAGAAUAAAGCAAGUUUCACCAUUAGCUGAUUUUGUACCAUGUUCGGCACAUUCUUUAAACUUAGUCGGAUCGUGUGCUGCAAAUUGCUGUAAAGAAGCAAAUGAUUUUUUUCUUUUUAUUCAAAAUAUAUUUGUAUUUUUUUCUUCAUCCACACAUCGAUGGCAUAAAUUAAGUCAAUAUUCUAUCUCAACUGUAAAAAGUUUAUCCACUACACGAUGGUCAGCAAGAGAAGACGCUUGCCAUAGCUUAA